AUGUCUAGGAUCGGAAACCUACCAACAGAGCUGAUCCUCUUAAUUGCCUCAUACUUGCCAUCUGAAUCGUCUCUCGCUGCCUUGGCCUUGUCAAACCGCUCCCUCUACAGAAUCUGCAACCCUUACCUUUACCAAUACAAUGUGUUCCAUGGCAACAGUUCUGCUUUAUACUGGGCGGCGGGAAAUGGCAAGAUGGAUACACUACAAAAGGUGGUAGACGCUGGCGCUCCUCUACUGAAGGAACAGGCGAAGGGUAACUUGAGACGGCAAGGUCGACGCUUCCCUCAAUUCGGCGUUCAAGCUCGGCGCACCUUUCGAGAAUUUCAGCCGCACCCAAUCUGGCUGGCCGAAAGUGCCGGCCAUAAAAAUAUCGUCCGAUACAUGAUUGACCGCGGGGCGAGUGUUAAUAUAAGUAACCCGGAGGGACACACGCUGCUGGCGCUCGCUGCUAUUCACGGCGAUGCUUCCCAAGCAAAGUAUUUGCUGGACGUCGGAGCCUGGCAAGGCAUCAGGAGCUUUGUGGGCCACCGGCCUAUGUGGAUAGCGGCGUUUGAAGGGCAUGUAGAUGUGGUUGACGUGCUUCUGUCGGCUCCGAAGCAAAAUGGGCACGAGCCCGACAAAAAAGAGCUGAUGACAGACGCCUUAUUCGCGGCGGUUCUUGCCGCCCAGAUCCCGGUGCUCCAGUUAUUAUUCACACAUGGAGUGGAAGUCGACAUUCUCGCUCGUUUUCAAGACGAUCCUCUUUUUAUGGCUGCGGACGACGGAGAUACCGAUUUUGUGCCGCUACAAAUUGUUGCGCCCGGUGAAGAACCGGACUUGAUUUUGGAUCAUCAUCGGCCACAGCCACGUGCGCCUUUGAUGAUGGCAGCGAGGCAGGGCCAUGAAGAACUUGUUCGGAUGUUGGUCCCCGGAACUGCGAGUCUCAACCGCACCAAAGCGUUGGCCUACGCAGUUCGAUGUCGGAAUAGAGAAAUUGUCGAAAUAUUACUUCAAGGUGGCGCAUCCCCUCAGUUCUCUCUAUCCGAUAUACCGGACUCCUCGGAGUACCGCGAGGAAUGGGUGCAGCCUCUUCUCUCGGCCGUGCACAGUAAUGAUCCAGAAUUUGUGGAAUUACUUCUGGAUUAUGGGGCGGAUGUAAAUGUCCAGUCUCCCCAUCAACAUAUUCAGAGAAUUGACAGACCUUUUGAGCACGCCCUGCUCUGGGCUGUGGAUGAAUUCAAGGAAUCGAUGGUCAAAUUGUUACUAGAACGUGGUGCAGAUCCGGAUACCACUGAUAUGUUAGGACAGCCUGCGCUGACGUAUGCCAUUUUCGGUCAAAACCAGGUCAUAUUUCGCUCCCUGCUAGAUCAUGGGGCGAAUCCUUACGAGGCGAAGGACGAUUGUGGCAGGAAACUUAUGGGGUUUUGGCCAAUGAGCGAAUCUACGUGGAGGCAGCUCCAAGAAGCAGAAAUAAAAUGGACUAAUGAACAUCCGUGCUGA